GCUGGAUGGGCUUGGACACUGGACUGGGCUCUCUGUCCUGUGCAGCUCCACGGGAUCCUGCUGCACACACCAGGACCUGCCAAGAGGGUUCAGAGAGAAAUCCUUGGGAUAAAGACAUGGGAAAGCCUUGCGCAGCCCCUGGAAAGCGCAGCUGCUUCCUUCCAGUGGGAUUCAUUUGUAUGUGGAUGAGGAAUGAGGUUUUGGCACCAGGGAUCUCCACCGUGAGCGGCUCCUCUCCCUCCGGAGCUGAGGUCAUCCAGCAGUUUCGUGGAAAUGAAGGACAAACUGUCCUGGCUGCUGUCACCGAGCCUUGGAGGGGCCAGGAACCUCUGCGUGUCCCCAGCUCUGUCCCCAGGUCCUGUUGUGCGAGGCCAGCUCUCCAGGCAGCUCUCCAGGCACUGCAGCCUUCCAGGAAGCUCCUGGCUCAGCCUUCCCAUUCCCGAGCCUUCGGAACCGGAGCAGAGCCCCAAAAAACCCAUGUCCUCCUCCGAGCCCAUCCUGGACCGCAAGGGAGACACGGCAGAAGCAAUUCCAGACAACCUGGGAGGAAGAGGGGAGCAGAGCUCCUGCCCACCACGGGACACUGCAGGGGGUGGACAAUCCCUGGAACACACGGAACCGACACCAGCAGCCCUCGCGGACGCUGCGGAGCCGAGGGAGAGCCCCGGGAGGCGACAGGACCCGGCUGACCCGGGUGGCGCGGCGGGACCUGCCGGCCCCGGGGAGCCCAUCCCUGCCCCAUCCUCAGAGCCCAUCCCUGCCCCAUCCUCGGAGCCCAUCCCGGCCCCAUCCUCGGAGCCCAUCCCGGCCCCAUCCUCGGAGCCCAUCCCUGCCCCAUCCUCGGAGCCCAUCCCGGCCCCAUCCUCGGAGCCCAUCCCGGCCCCAUCCUCGGAGCCCAUCCCUGCCUCAUCCUCGGAGCCCAUCCCGGCCCCAUCCUCGGAGCCCAUCCCUGCCCCAUCCUCGGAGCCCGUCCCGGCCCCCCGCUCGGAGCCCGUCCCCGGCAGGGUCGCUCAGCCGGAGGGGAAGGUUCCCAGCCCCAGCGAGUCCCAGCCGUGGCCAGAAGCUCCCGAGGAGUGCCCAGCCCGGCCCAGCACCCUGGACUUGUGCCGCUCCCUGAAGAGGCUGGAGGAGGGGAAGCAGGCGGGGCAGCGGCGGGGCAGGGACCGGGCAGCGGUCCGGGAGAACGGCCUGGAGGCCACCACGGCCACCACCGCCACCGGCACGGCCACGGCCACCGGCACGGCCACCGGCACGGCCAGCAGCGAGGAGCGCCGGGCCCUGCAGUCCGAGCUGGGCAAGUGCAUCGAGGAGUUCCGCAGGAUCAGGAUCCCGGCCGCCUUUCCCAACAAAAAGCGGCAGUGGCAGAGCGAGCUGCUGAGGAAGUACCAGCUCUGAGAGCAGCGCCGGCUCCCGCUGCAGGGAGCGAUCUCUCCAGGCUGGUGGGGGCUGUUCCAGCAGCGGCACGGCUCCUCCACGCUCCCAAAACGAGGAGCAGAGGCGGCCCGUGAAGCCCAUCCGGAUGUUGAAAGGGUCACAAGCCUGUCCCCACCACGACCAUGGAGGGGAUGCUCCACGGCCUCAGGGGCACAGGCACAGCUGGAGGGGGUAGGACAAGGAAGGAUGUCCAGGGUGGUGUUCAGCACCAGCAGAAAUUCCCACGUUUCUGAGACUGAGUUUCCCUGGCAUUUCAAACAAUAAAAUCGAGUCGGUGUCCGAAA